AUGCCACACCGUCCUCGCCCCCCACCUGGCACCCCCCACGGCGACAUCACCGACGACCUCCCCCACCGCUUCCGUUCGAGCUCCCCACCCCAGCAAACCCCCUUCAACGAGCUCCUCGGCCAAUUCCACGCCGACACCACACACACCGCCGACGGCCUCACCGGGCCCAUCAUGAUCCCGAGCGGUCCCAGCACCAGCACACCGAGAAUGAACUUAGCGCCACAUGCCCCAUACGAUGGCGAGUCGUGGACCCUAGGGGCAGGACAUGGCACGCCCGCUGUUGCGUCGCAGCGCGGAGAGAUUAGUAACCUGCUGCAUGCAAAUCGCGGUGGGGCGUGGAUGGUGAGAAGUGGAGGCGCGCAGGGUUGGGGUGGACCUGGGACGAUGGGAAUGCAGAGACCGUAUAGUCUGCCCUAUCAUCCUGGGUACAACGGCGAGUCUUCAAGCAGCACAGCUAGAGGCUAUGCUACUCCAGGUCGGCAUGCAUACCACGGCAUCCCCACGCGCGGCGAGUCCUCCAGAACCGGUGCAUCUGCAUCUUGCUCUACCAGGCCACCACCAACCACUGCACCGAUCACUAUCCCAGCGCCCCACGGCGAGUUCGGCAUCCUCCACCCAGGGAGACUCAUGCACCCCCGCCCUCAGCACGCAUUCGCCACACCUCUCCCAGCGGCGGGCGAGUUCGGCAUCCUCCUCCCUACCACGUUCCCCCCGCUCAACGAAUCCAACCCACGUACCCAUAUCCGCUCCCUCGCCCGCGCCGACAACCAUGCCUCCCCGCCCGUCUCUAGCGUCAUCACCGCCAACGGCGACUGGGACGGGCCGAACAACACCCGCAGUCGUAUCCGCAUGAACGGCGUAUCCAUUACGCUUGUGCCGCGUGGUGAGGCGGUUGAUGGAACCACGCGUAUUCUGGCGCCGAUGCCACGGUGGAGGGCGGUAUUGGAGGAGCUCGAUGCGCAGGAUCAGUAUGUCAUUACGCACCGCUGGUGGCGGACUAUGCGUGAGAGAUUCCCGAGGGGGUGGGAGGUGAAGGGUCGUAGUGGUGAGCGCGGGUGGAGGGUGGAGGAUAGAGUGGGGUUUGUGGGUGCUGAUGGGGUGGGGAGGGAGAUGUUGCUUGCUGUGACUCGCGACCCCGACCACCGCAUCGUAGCACUCGACUGGCACGCCCCCACUGGCCACGAAGACGCCGUCACUACCGCUAUCUGGGGACUCACCUUCCCCGCCUACAUUGUCACUGCACCGCCCAGCUAUCACUCAUUCGGCGACGCCUCGGACGCCACCGAUAUUGACGCUGCAAACCCUGAGCAUGGGCGCGGGCCAGCAUGCACGUGCUGCACGCGCCGGGAGGCGAAGCUGCUGUUUAGGUGUAAACACCGCAUGUGCCGCUCUUGUGUGCUGGGCAUGUGGUGGGGCGCGAUCAACAGGCCACAUCACUGGCCGACUUUUUUGAGGUGCGCGUUUUGCCGUGGUUGGGUGGGGAAGUUGGAGGGUGUGGGGAUGGUGGGGUGGGUGUUGGCGCAGAGUAAGAGGGCGAGGGUAAAGUUGUGGAUGGAGACGGUGGAGGAGGUGAGGCCGGAGGGGAUGUGGCCGUUGUUGAGGGAGAUGAAACAACGCUACUUGAAGAAGGAAGGCAAGGCAGCGGCGCCGCCGGGUAGUGAGACCGAUGCGUUGGGUCGUGUUAUUAUUCACGACCCGUUCGCUCCGUCCUGA